CCGACUGGCCAACGAGGUGGCGCGGCCCUCAGGCCCGACUUGGAGGCUGGGGAGGGGGUGUCAGUCUGCGCGUAAUUUAGGGCGAAUGGCAGCGGCGUUGUGCCUCUUAAAGGUCCCGCCCCCAGUGCCCCUGCUGCGCCGGCAUCGCCCGGGACCUGGACGGGGAGGGUAUUUGUGAGCCUGCUUUAGACUGGUGAUGUGCUGGACCCCAGGACGGGACACGCACAGCCUCCGCCUCUUCCUCUGCGUGUGUGUGUCAGGAGGGAGCAGGGCAGAAUCGGACAGUAAACAACUAAGGAAAGCAACUGGAGCCCUCUUCUCAGUUGAGGUCAACUUCCUUCAGGAGACUCAGACAGGUUUCCCCGAGCCCCGUCUUGGAGCCUGACACAGUGGUAGCCCUCGGUGCCGCCAAGGAAAUAAACUCUGCAUUAGGAUGGAGUAAAUCCCUGUUGGCUUCUGGAAGGCAGGGGCCUGUCCCGGAGGACCACUGCCGCCUCCUUGCCGUCCUAGCUCCUGCCCGGGGCCUCGGCACAGCCCUUCCCUAUCCUGAAAUGCCGUUCCCUCACCUUCUCACCGCAGUGACCUCUCAUCCUGCCCCUGCCCUGCUGUAUGUUUGCAGGACAUUUAGCCUUCGAACACACGGUGUGCUCAUUUAUCGAUUAUUUCCUCUCUCCCCUCGCGAAAACAUCAACUCCUCGUCUGCCUGUUUCCAUCGUGUCCCACCAACCCAAACAGAAACUAGUACACAGUAGGCGCCCAAUAAGUCCUUCCCGGAUGAAGGAAGGAGGGGAGGAAGCAGCUCCCAGAGUGGCGACCUUGGACCGUGCCUCAGUUUCCUUAGUUGUAGAAAUGGGGCCAGGCCGCCCAUGACCUCACCUGUCCCUCCUGCCACCAGGCUGUGGGUGUCCUGUUUGCAGCUCCGGCUCCCCAGGGCCUGCUCUGGCCUGGGCUGCCCAGCUCAGCUGGCUCCCGGGGGACUGGCUCUGCUGACACCGGAUUCUUUCCUGGACCAUCCAGCUACCUGGCCGACACUCGAUCCUGGCCCCACUUCCAGGCCAGUGACCGCUGGCCAGCCUGCUCGGGCCAGGGCCCCAGACUCCCUGCCGACAGACAAGGGGCCGUCUGUGCCGUCUGGAGGGUGUGGUUGCCCGGGGCUCUGCGAACCCCGCAGAAGCCGCCAGGAUCCGGGAAGGUGUCGGCACCUGUAGCCCAGAGCUGCGUGGCCAAGAAGCUGACACCAGGAGCCCCGGACCCGCCCCUGCCCACCAUGGGGACCCUCCCCUGCGACCCUGCUCCACGGCUGACUCCGGUGGCCCUGGGCCGGCGGACCACCGACUGCCAAAUCCCGGAGACUGGUCUGAGGAGGACCUGCGGGGUAGCCCCCUUGGAGAACGGGUGCAUGGCCCCAGGCCGUGAUCCUCAGGCUUUGGUCGCAGGCUCCGGGCCAGGCUUGUACGCCCUGCCGUCCACCGUCGGCUACAUCAACCACGACUGCACCAGGGUGGCUGGUCCUGCCUACUCGCUCUUCCGGAGGCCCAGCGAGGCAUCUCCACAGGAGACCAGCCCCGGGCCGGUCUACUUCCUGGACCCGAAAGUCACCCGUUUUGGCCGCAGCUGCACCCCUGCCUACUCCAUGCAGGGCCGGGGCAAGUCUCGGGAUCUGGAGGUGACGCCCGGCCCUGGGGCCUACAGCCCAGAGAAGGUGGCCCCCACGCGCCAGCGGACACCCCCAGCUUUCACCCUGGGCUCCCGCAUCCGCCCGCGGCCCCUGGACACCUCAGUCCCUGCCCCCAACACCUACACCCUGCCUUCCCUCUGGGGCUCCCAGAUCUUCACCAAGCCCAGCAGCCCAAGCUACACGGCAGCAGGCCGCACGCCCCCCGUCCGACCCCCGCAGGACCCCACUGAGAUACCGGGUCCAGGCCAGUAUGAUAGCCCGGACCCCAACGCCUACCGUCAGCGCCGGCCGGCCUUCACCAUGCUGGGGCGGCCCCGAGCCCCGCGCCCCCCGGAUGAGACGCCUGGCCCCGGCACCCACAGCCCCGAGCAGGUCACCAUGACCAAGGCCAGGGCCCCGGCAUUCACCAUGGGCAUCCGCCACUCCAAACGGGCCACCACCAUGGCCGUGGACACCGCACCCUGAUGCCCUUGGGGGACAGGACGCCUGGCCUGGGCUGAGCCUCAGUUUCCCAUGCUGUGAAGUGGGGUGUGGGCAGGUGGUGGGCAUGCCUAGAAGCCAGGGUGGGGGGAAGGUGCCUCCUUUCUUCCUGUUCUCUGAACCGUCUGAGGUCCUUCUAGGCCACCUGCUUUCUCCAGUCCCGGGGGGGCUGUGACCCCGUGGUCCCGACAGGGAGAGCCUCCUUCCAGCGUCCCAGUUUCUUCUCUCCGGGUCACACCAGGCCAGGUCAGGCCAGGCCAGGUGGAAAAAGGGACACUCUGGUCCUCUCGAGCUGUUGGCUGGAGGCACGGCUUCCUGUGUCCUAGAACUCAGUGUCUGCCCGCUAGGGCCUGGGUCCCCAGCACAGCUUGGGUUUCUGCCAAACUUGGGCUCAUUCCUGCUACUCAUGGAAGCACUGAAUUCAGCCCCGAAUCAGGCUGGAAACAGCCCUGCUGCCCCUUCACACCCUCUAGCUGCUUGCCAAUAAAUCCCCGUGGC